UUGCUGUCUUUUGUUUAGCCGUAGUCCCAGUUAAUCAAGCAACAGUGUGUGAACAAGGCCCAGUUGAGGCGGCCUCUGUGCGGCUGUUGCUGGGAGCUCCGGCCAAUCAAAGCAGCAGCGCUCCCAUACAAGUACUUGGGGGGCUGGAGAAGCAUGACAUCAUGCACAGCUUCGACCCUCUCUGCGAAAACAAACGAGUGAAACAUCAUUAGCUCACUACAGCAAAACAACAAUCGAUUACAGAGCCGUUUGCACUCCCAUAUUCCGCCGUCCCAUCCUUAAAAUACGCCCGGAGUCCGACCCCGGUUGGCACCCCGCUGUGUGCAGCGGAGUCUGGGAGGGGCAUCCGUUUGUCCGUCCGGACAAUGGCGGAUGGGGAGACCAACUGUGUCUGUGGAGUGGGACGGCGGUGAUGGGGACUUAGUAGAACAUCAUCCCACUUGUCCGUUUGUAUUUUCUCUGCAUAGCUUGGUACUCAGCUCUCGCCAUGGAUCCAGAGAAAACGCUGACAUUCUGCCUAGGGCUGAAGGCAGAGGAGAUGACCAUAACCCUGCAGGGCCUGGAUGGGACUGAAGCUGCUACGGUGGCUGUUUCGCGGGAGGCUGACAUGCGCCCAGUUAAUAAGGUGGUGAAGCAUCACGGGGGCUCCGGUAGCCGGCCUGUUGUCAGUCCCAAGUAUUGUCCUGGAGUAAACAACAAUCCCGGUUACCUGUGUGAAACAGGGCACUGCUGCGGAGAGACAGGCUGCUGUACCUACUAUUACGAACUGUGGUGGUUCUGGCUGCUGUGGACGGUGCUGAUCCUCUUCAGCUGUUUCUGUGCUUACCGCCACCGCCGGGCCAAGCUGAGGAUCCAACAGCAGCAAAGACAGAGGGAGAUCAAUCUGAUUGCCUAUAACGGAGCCUGCAACUACCCUUCCUCAAUGCUGGACCUCAGUUUUCUGGCCUCCUUCAAGUUGCCCUCCUAUGAAGAGGUGGCGGCGCAGCCCAGUACCCCUCCCCCACCUUACAGCUCCGUCUUUGCCCUGCAGGGAGGUGCCAUGGGGGGUCCUAGCUCCGCUUACCCACAUCAUCACCAUCACCGCCACCCAUGCCCUCCCUAUCUCGGCCCAGGUCCCGGUCCCAGUGGCCUGACUUCCUCCCAGAGCUCUGACAACUACACCAGCUGCUCCUGCGAGUCGUGCUCCCUCACCUCCCCCUGCAGCACCUCCUUCUCUGUCCAGGUGACAGACGAAACAUAUGACAGCAGCCACCUCUCCACACCCAGCGAAGCGGGGGGCGACUGUGUUGUCAUGCCAAGGGUUGCCAGUUUCGCUCCAACUCCUUCACCUUCUCCUCCAUCACAAGUUCCACCAGAUGUUAUACCUGCAGUCACUCCAGAUGUCAUACCCGUACAAAGACGGUCCUCUAAUGGCAGCGAGGGAGUCUCACCUUUAGCUCCACCGCUGUCUCUUCCUUUGCACUCUCGUCCCUCACACCCUUCUCGUCUCCCACUUUCUCCCCUCAUUCUGUUAUCUUCCCUUCCUCAAGGUCAAGUCCAUCCUCUUGUCCUCUCAGACCCACUCGGAGCCACGGCCUUUCAGAAAGAGAAAGAAGAAGGGGUUUCGCCUUGCGGUACAACCUUAAAGCCCACUCUGUCGACCCCUAAGCAGGCUCUCUUCUCCUCAGAUGUGUCCGUUUUCACGCACUGCAACAACAAAGAGGAUCAAAAAGGAGAAAAAGAAGACGAAGAGGAAGAAGAAGAAGAAGAAGAGGAUCAUUUCCGACAUCGACGCCUAACGGGUGACUCAGGCAUCGAGGUAUGUCGCUGCCACGUGAAGAGAGAAGAAGAAGAGCGGCAGAAGGGGCAUUUUGGUAAAGGAGGCAAAGAGGCUCUAAAGGAGGCGGAGAGGGUACUGCAUGACAGCGUGGACUGUUCCCUCCGUGCUGCUCAGUCACCUCUCCUGGACGACUGCGGCGAGCAGCGUGACCACGUCUCCUCAUCCUCCAGCGUCCUGCAGAAGGCAGGCGAGGGCGUCCUCGCUGUGGAGUCCUCUUAAGCUGACGGCCAUGGAGUUGUAGUGAAACAGUGGAAAAAGUGACACAUUUAUGCUCAGUAGCAUCCUCGUAGAUCAAGACUAGUAGGUGAAAACUAGAAUCACUGAAGAAAAGUCUUGUGGGUCUUACUGUAGUGGUUGCGAGCAGAGGGACUGGUCGAGUAAUGGAUCCUCUUGUUUUCUCUGUAUUCUACUUCAAAUGAGAAACUCCAACAUAAGCCGACACCUGAAAGUCCUGUUUUGCAGUUGAUUUAUUUGCGGUUCAGGAGAAGGCUUAUCCUGCUUCUCUAAAGUGGUGAAAAUGCUAAUGAAAUGUUCUUUUUUUACCAGUGGCUUUGUGUCAGCAUCCCUAAAUUCCUCUACUGUUUACUUUUCAUCUCACUUUUCUCUCUCUGCGUGGCACAACAUUGUUAAAAAGAAAAGAAAACAGUUUUGCUCUUUGAAAUGAAAUCCCACAUAGAAAGUGGUUCCCAGCUUGGGGGGAUCAAGACCCAUGUAAGGGGGGGUUAAGAAUGAAGAAAAACGUCAUCUGCUAUACAAAAUUGCAUGCUAAUUUCCUGAUGUUUUUAUGUGAAAUUAUGCAUUGUUUUCCCUCUUUGGGCAUUCAAAUGAAACAAUCCUGAGAGGCGGAAAUCAAUCUCUGGAGCUGCUCACAGUGACAUAUGCAAAUAUUCUUUCAUUUUAAGGGGUCAUGCAGCAAAAACGUUGGGAACCACUGCUUAAUGUAGAAGACGACUCACAACAUCCCAGGCGGUAAACAUGAGCGAGGCUCUUUAUUUUUAACCGACGUCUUCUCGAACAGAAUAAACAUGAGUACAUGUAUAUCACAACUUAAAUCGCCGAACAGUUAAUUUUCGAAUGAGCAGCUCGAUCAGACUUCUGAAAUGGGUCACAAGUAUUGAACGCCUGGUUGGACCGCAGAUGCAGAUUUUUCGUCAUGGGGUGGAUCUUUGCUUUCACCAGCCUACUUCCCUCUGUUCAUCAGAGAAAACAGAGAAGGCAACUAUUGUGACUGAUUCAAGAAGCUUGUGUUUUAUACAUUGUGUCUUAUGUUGCUCCCUAAAGGAAAAUGGGGUGCAGACAUUGAUUUAGAAUAUGUAGGUGGCAAAGCUUUACGACAGUACUGCGAUUAUGCGUUGUUUCAGACUGUUAACAUGAUUUUGCCGUGUAGACUGUUUGACUUUGGAUUUAAAGUGUUUGAAGAUGGUCCUGGUUGGUCGUUGCCAGUUUUUGCAAGGCAGCAUAAAUCUGUUUUCCUCCAUGGACGAACUGUUGAGUUUUUACAAGGCAGAAACUUUGAGCCUAAUCUCGUCACUGAUAAUGAAUGUAAAAGGUUAUGCAUCGCAAAAAAAAGAAGAAGCAGAAGAAGAAAAAAAGCAAAACUUCACUGUCUUGUUUAUGGAGAAUUUUUAUGGAUUGACUGAAAACCUCUUUAAGAGUGUCCAGCCAAGUGCGAGCUUUGAGAAGACAAAGCUGACGUGAAGUGCCCGUUGUGAUGUCUCUUUGAGUCGAAUUACGCAGAGGCGUAUAAAUGUACGAAGUGAGACUUUAAAGUCGCAGUUGGCAUCAUGCCUGUUUUAUUAUUGCUGCGGCUAAACGUGUGCUCACUUCUGAGAGUUGACAUGCUUUUAAAUGUGUCCUGGUUGAUCCUGUUGGUUGCCUGUCCGCUGUGUCCGUCAUUAGAGGUCAGUCUCUGCCUCAGCAGGCGGACUGUGAGGUCGAUGCGCUUGAUUGAUGCUUUUUCCUUCCCGGUUUUAGAAGUGGGAACAGCACACACGUUCGCUCUAUAAGAUGUAGGACAAGAUUUAAAAAGAAAGAAUGUCUCAAAGUCACAUUUUUGUACAUGUGUGUCUCGAGACAAACGUCUCUGCAGUUCGCUGACUGGAGGCCACUUCGCCGUGUCCUUGGCUCCCUGCAAAGCCGACCUUAUUUUCUAAAGGCUGAAGGCAAAGCUUUCAACUCAUUUAUAGUUCUGUGGAAAAAAACGAAAACAAAACGUUGUCUCGGUUCAGCUUAGUAACACCUUUAUUUGUCACAGACAGGUCCUGUGUGUGUCUGUGUGUACCUUAAUAGGCAACGCGAACAGGUUUGGGUUAUGAAGGUUUUGGCGACAUCGUCCGAUCAUCUCAGAGCUCUUUUGCGGUGACUCACAGGUGUGUCUCAGAGGUGGCUGAUGCUCUGAGGGAGACUGUUCAACCUCUGAACUCAGCAAGACGAAAGCCUUUUGGCUACUGUACAUUUUUUGGCCUAACAAUAGACAGUUGUGAUUUUCCUCAUUAGUUCUAGCUUAUGACUGUUUGUCAAAGUAUAUGAUUCCUGGACGAAAUUAGUCUUUCAGUUAGGCGUUCUGUAGUUUACUGCUGCUAUGUGGGAGUGUGUGUGCGCGCGUGUGUGUGUGUGUGUGAUUUCUGUAAAUUCGUAUACUUGUACAUCAAAUGGGCCAACAUUUUCUAGCAGUGCUUAGCAGUCUCUUUCUAUUAUACACAGUAUGUAGUACAUGUGAGACUUGCAAAAAUAGUAUUUAGCAAUAGUAUUCACACUUUUUUCCUUACUCUAGUUAAUGCUGGUUGAUAGGAAAUUAACUGUUGUGAAAAAUACAUUUACCUCUUUAUAACUGAUCCGUGAGCUGUGCUGGGCAGAGGCCCUUGAUUGUACAUAACAAUGCAUUUUAAAUGCCUUUGGCUUAAGGUUUCUCCCAAGUGCAAACUCAGAUCAUCUGGUUUUAUCGCAGCCCCAGUUUGUGCCUCUCGUGUUUUACCGUCACAUUCGGGUCACAGAGCUUAGCAUCCGUGUGUCUGAAAAAUAAAUAACGGACCACGCUGUUCCGAAGAUUUCCAGAUUCUCCAGUGACUCCGAUCGCUUAAAAACCACAAUCUUCCACUGCAUGAUAGAAAAGGUUUUUUAAGAAAAGUCCAAAGUUGUUCAAUAAAGAUGCCGGCUGGAAAUAAUGCAUGUCCUUGCUCCAUUUGUCAAUCAUUCGUUGCAUUUUCUGUAUUGAUUUACCUUCCUGUUGUUUGUAGCUUCUUACAAAUGUAUUCAGCCCUGAAUCAUAUGUUACGUUUUAUUUAUGCACGUCCAAAAACACUCGGGAGGAAAACAAAAAAGCGAGCGGCGUGAUUCUGGCGAAGUGGGAGGUUGACUCCCGUUAUCUUAUCACUAUGAUGAUUAAUUAGUUAAGUUAAUAAAUUAAGUUUAAAAGGUUAAAAAUCAAAUGGCUGUUCAGUUUGGAUGUGUUUACAUUUGAUAACCUCUGGAAAAGGGGACAUUAUGAUUAUUUAAUCAUGACAGUACGUGUUUUGUCUGUAACUGAUGAAUUUUACUGUAAACAUGAAGGUUACUUUUGGAGUAAAUAAUGUCAGAACUUAAGAAGAGAUAAAAACUCAAAGCAGAUUGAAUAUUUGUUUAUCUAGAGGGAUAAAAAUGGUCCUUGAGGAUUUUGAGAGUGUUGUUAAGUGACCCAAAGAGGUAAUUCAAAGAUGGUAAUACACAAGAUGAGGCACAAACAGGCUAGUUUUCCCCCCAACUCUGAUUUCCACUGAACCAAACUGAUCUGAUCUUUUCAUUUGCCUUGUCAAACAGCUGGCUUGUACAGACAAAAAGCCCAAACUUUACCCUCAUCGUCACCGAAGGCCAAGGCCUGAUAUAAGACUGUUACCUCGCUGAGUUUUGACUGCAAAGGACUGUUCUCUUCUCCUUAACAAGAUAGUAUUUUACUCUAUAUUUGUACUGACUUUAUUUUGUAAUGCCAAGAAUUGAAGAAUUGAGAAAAAAAAGAAACACAGAGCCCGCAAUGGUGCGACUGAACUCGUUUGCCAGGAAACAACAACAACAACGAACAACAACAACAAAAAAACCAAACAAGUCGUCAAACCAUGUUGAUUCAGGAUAACU